GGCGGGGAGCGCGACAUGGCGGCGGCGGCCGGGGCGCUGCUGCUGCUGGCGGCGCUGGGCCCGGCGGGUGCCGUGUGGCCGCAGCCCCUCCGCCAGCUCUCCCCGCCGGCCGCCUCCCGCUGCCCGCUGCCCCCCGGCCGCUUUGGCUUCUCCUACGCCGCCGGCUCGGCCGUGGGGCCGGGCUGCGCCGUGCUGGACGAGGCCUUCCAGCGGUACCGGGCGCUCAUCUUCGGCGCCGCGAGCCCCGCGGAGAGCAAGCAGCCCUGGAGGAAGCCCUGCACUGAGCUCUCCAUCUUGGUCUCCACGCCAGGCUGCGAUGGCUUUCCCAGCCUGGGCUCCGACGAGAGCUACAAGCUGCACAUCUCAAAGGACUCCUUGCUGCUCUACGCCGAUGCCGUCUGGGGAGCUCUCAGAGGCCUGGAGACGUUCAGCCAGCUUGUUGGGAGAGACGAGAACGGCAUGUACUACGUCAACGAGACAGAAAUUGUGGAUGUUCCCCGCUUCCCUCACCGAGGCCUGUUGCUGGACACCUCUCGCCACUACCUGCCUCUGAAAGCCAUCCUGCAGACCCUGGACGUCAUGGCUUACAACAAGCUGAACGUGUUUCACUGGCACAUUGUGGACGACCCGUCCUUCCCGUACGAGAGCUUCACCUUCCCAGAGCUCAGCAAGCAGGGAGCCUUCAAUGCCAUGACCCACGUGUACACAGCCAGUGACGUGCAGGCGGUGAUCGAGUACGCCCGGCUCCGUGGCAUCAGAGUGAUCGCGGAGUUUGACACUCCCGGGCACACCCUGUCCUGGGGGCCAGGUGCUCCAGACCUCCUGACUCCCUGUUACUUGGGCAAGGAUCCUUCUGGGACCUACGGGCCCAUCAACCCCAUCCUCAACAGCACCUACCAGUUUGUGACCAGGUUGUUUCAAGAGGUCGGCGCUGUGUUCCCAGACUACUUCCUGCACCUCGGUGGCGAUGAGGUGGAUUUCACGUGCUGGAAGUCCAAUCCACAAAUUCGUGCCUUCAUGGAGGAGAUGGGCUUUGGGGAAGAUUACACCAAGUUAGAGUCAUUCUACAUCCAGAGGCUUCUGGACAUCGUCUCUUCCCUUGGCAAAGGCUACAUGGUGUGGCAGGAGGUGUUUGACAACGGAGUGAAGGUGAGGCCGGACACAAUCAUCCACGUGUGGAAGAACUCCACACCCUACAAGGAGGAGAUGGCGAACGUCACCAAGGCUGGCUACAGGGCUCUGCUUUCUGCCCCCUGGUACCUCAACCGCAUCUCCUACGGGCAGGACUGGAUGGCAGCCUACCAGGUGGAGCCCUUGGAUUUCGCAGGCAGCCCUGAGCAGAAGGAUCUGGUGAUCGGCGGAGAGGCGUGCAUGUGGGGCGAAUACGUGGACGUCACCAACCUGACCCCCAGGCUCUGGCCAAGAGCUGGGGCUGUAGCCGAGAGGCUGUGGAGUAACGCGACAGUGAGGAACCUGCAAGAUGCUUACGCACGGCUGGCCAGCUUCCGCUGCGAGCUUCUCAGGCGUGGUGUCCAGGCACAGCCUCUCUUCGUAGGAUACUGUGACCACGAAUUUGACGGGUUUUGAAGGGAGAAUCCUGCUGCCCUCGGUCUCUGCACACAGGAGGAAUGAUCUCUCUUUCUCCCUCAAAAGCUGCUGGCAUGGUGAAGGGACCCUUUUACUGAGCCUGCUUCUGCUCUUGCAUUGUUGCACCAAAUGUUUUUUUUUUCCUAGUAUGCACUCUUUGCCCCUUUUUCUAUUUUUGUUUCUUUAUAUCUAUAAAUAAAUGACCCCAAAGAGAAAAAGCUGCCUUUUCAUGCCCAGCUGGGGCCUGGGAAGGCCAUGCAAGGGCUUUUUGCUGGGCAGGCCUUGCCCUGGAGCAGGCUCGUUGCUCGUUGCUGGUGGAGGAGCAUCGGGCUGUGCCUCAUCCUGCUGGCUCUGCAGCGUGCUGGGUGCCUGCUCAGCUGGAUUAACCGUGCUUACUCUCUGCCAAUAUCCCAAAUUUCAUCCCUGCUAAGAGAAUGUGGUGUCCAGUUGCACGGUAACGUGUGUGGGGGGGAAUCCUAAUCUUGCAGGCCAAGUGGGCUCCCUCACUUCUCCUUUCCACCUCCUGCUGUUGGCCCCUGAGGGCACUGCCUGUGCCGGGAUGUCGCCAGCACUGCCGUGUCACCCGCUGCCUCCUGGCCUUUCCCUGUCUCCUCUCUGUGCCUCGGCUGUGUCCCUAAACC